CCUGGCUGUGAGAUAACCUGGAGUGGUUAGAGCCUCUUCGGUUACAGGGCAGUGUUUUUUCUACCCCCUGCUCAGGUUCAUAUCCACCCAGUCACACUCGGACGCUGUGGUCUCCCUGAGUUGAGGGUCAGUGGAGAAGCAUGGCGGCCUCUGUCUCUCCGUUAAGGUCGUUUGCUCGGGCGGUGAGCAGGCAGGUGAAGAACCACCGGAGACCAGCCGGGCACACCGGGCAGCAGCAGUGCGGGGCUGUACGGAGGAUCACACCGGCUCAUGCUAAAACCACCGCAUUCCUGACAGCACUAUCUUAUCUGGGAUAUGAAGCGCACAAGAAGGUGACUUGUGCAACUGCAGUCUUUGCACUUGACAAAGCCGAAGAGGUUUUAGAGCAAGCUGAUUACCUAUACAGCUGUGGAGAGACGGAGAAGCUUUACCAGCUGCUGCUACAGUACAAGGACAGUGAUGAUGCUGAAUUCCUGUGGAGGCUGGCACGGGCUUCACGUGACCUCGCUUUGCUGCCCAACAUUGCUGCUGACCAGAAAAAAAGGCUCACCUUUGAGGCCUUCGACUACGCCAAAAAAGCACUGGAGAAAAAUGAAGCCUGCUUUGCUGCACACAAAUGGUAUGCCAUCUGCCUGAGUGAUGUAGGCGAUUAUGAAGGGAUCAAGGUUAAAAUAGGAAAUUCUUACAUUAUUAAGGACCAUUUGGAGAGAGCUAUAGACCUCAAUCCAAAAGAUGCAACAUCGAUCCACAUCUUGGGUUACUGGUGUUUUGCCUUUGCUGAGUUGCCGUGGUACCAACGGAAAGUUGCAGCAGUUAUUUUUGCAUCACCACCCACUGCAACUUAUGAGGAGGCUUUGGCUUAUUUCCUGAAAGCUGAGGAAGUUGACCCAAAUUUCUAUAGCAAGAAUCUUCUGAUGCUUGGGAAGACAUACAUGAUGCUUAAGGACCAGGAGAAGGCUGUUCUUUGGCUGAACAAAGCAAGAGACUAUCCUGCCAUAACAGAGGAGGACAAACAGGUUCACAAAGAAGCACUUGACCUACUCAAGAAACUCGGUGGCUGAUGGAAAGAUUUAUCUUCAGGAUCCAGAUCUAACACAGACCUGAAUAUAAUGCCUUAGAUAUUUUUUUUCCCAAUUUGUGUUAAUCUGUUAUUUUGAUUGUAAUAGCCUUAAAAGGGAACAAGUCAUGUUCAACGACUUGAUGUUAGGGUUAAUUUGUGCUUCUUAUUUUGAGGUUAAAAUAAUAAAGUGUAAAUAGUUUUAACUACACUGACUGGGAUGCAAGUGUGCCUUACUUGGUAUUUGGAGAUGGCAGAGUUUGACAUUCUUUUUAAAAACGUUUAGAUUUUGAUUGGAGAACUCACACCUUUGAGAUUGGUGGUCAAUAUUUGAAACAAACUCAAGUUCAAUGUAAAGAUGGUCAUAUACAUUUAUUAAAUAUGGUUCUCUCCACAGGCAAGAUCCAACCAAUAACCCCCUUCCCUCCCAACAGAAAAGAAAGAAAAAGAGAGAGAAUAAAAACAGCCAAUACGACCCACCUUCCCUCUUGUCUCUUUCCUCAAAACAAAAAUGGAGGGUAGGUUUUCAUUUCCAUAAAUCAAAUUAGUCUAUUAAAAUGGCUAAAGCAGAUUAAAAAUUAAUAUUUUAUACACAAGUCUCCAGCUGGGGGGCAUUUACAGUGUUUACAGUGUCUAUCUACACAUGAUAUGUUACAAUUCAUCUGAUAGGAACAAGGCGUCACAGAGCCUGUUGAUGUUGCUGCUCCAAAUACAACCAAUUAAGUACUUUUCUAGAUGUAGGGAUCUUUUGUUUUUUAUCUCUUUUGUUGUUACAAAAUCUUUUCCUUUCGAUUUCAGAUGGAAGCACAGUACCGUGGUGAUGAGGUUUAUUUAGCAACUGCUGUUGUUCAAGCCAAUAGUUACAGACAAAAAGCGAUGGAGUCCUCUUACCAAAUAGUUUUAGUUUUUAGUGAGGAGUAGCUUACAUUCAUUAUUUACAAGCCUAAUGAACGAAUUAUAUUUGAGCAACAGUGUUGAAAUUUUACUGUAAUGAUUUGAUCGUAACACAACAGCAGAAGCUUGCUGACAAACUCAUUUGUUGAAGUGGACAGAGCAGCUCCCUGCUCUAAUUGUCUGACAGAAAGCACCAGAGGCAGAUUUUGGUAGUUUUCACAUUUAGAAAGAAAAGCAAAAUGCAAAGAACUAAAA